GCGUGUGCGCCGACCGCAGGCCGCAGUCGCAUGCAUACAGCCGACCGCCACGGUCAUAUAAACACACGCGGGAUAUUAUCGGUUUGAGGGGACGUUCUUGUAAUAUUGAUGGCCAGUAAAACGAACGGUGUCGAGUCCGAGUGGGCUCGGGCUCCGCCGGCGCCCCGGCCCUUGGGAGAAAGAAUACUCAGGAUAUUGUACAAUCCCGACGAAAAAACAUUUUUGGGACGGACGCUGAGACGAUGGGGUGUGUUGUUCGCCUUCUACCUGGUGUUUUAUGCGGCGCUGGUUGCCUUCUUCGCUAUCUACAUGGCGGCGAUUUUCUCGACCUUGGACAACGACAAGCCCAAGUACACCUUGGAGAGUUCGUUGAUCGGUGCCAACCCUGGCGUGAGCUACCGUCCUCGUCCUCGUGACGAGAUCACCGUCCAGUACAACGCGCAGAACUCCAUAGAAUAUGACCACUACAUCAGUGAGCUGGCUGACUUGUUUAAACAGUAUAAAAACGAAUCGUGGGUAACUUCAAAGACGGAAUGCACCUCCGAAGAUAAUUUUGGUUACCCGCACUCACCAUGCUUCUUUAUCAAGUUGAAUAAAAUUUACGGCUGGAAACCUCAGUACUACGAGCGCGAUUUCCCUGAGGACAUGCCCGCAGAUCUAGUCCAGUACAUCACAAUGCUACCGGAGGCUGAGCGUCAGCAGCUCUGGGUGUCAUGUCGGCUGGAGAACGACACUGGGGCUGAGCUGCAGUACCCGUGGGGCCGCGGACUGGCGGGUAGAUUCUACCCCUACCUCAACCAGCAGGGGUACACAUCACCCCUCAUCGCCGUUAAGGUGACACCUCCAGUAAACACUUUAAACAUAAUGCGAUGCCGCGUUUGGGCUAAGAACGUGAUUUACAACAUGAGUAUUAAGCGACCCAGGGGGUAUACGAGGAUACUGCUGCGAGUAGACGAUCCCUCCUACAACGGGACUGCUCCAGCGGAACAGAUGUCGGAGGACAAAUCUGCCGAUAACGACACAACUACAGCUGCAACAACCGAGGUCAAAUGAUGACUGCUAUGAUAACAGUAGAGAAAUAGACAGCAUUUACCGACACAGCAAAAUUAAGAUCGUAGAUUGGCUUAAGUUAAUUAUUGUUAAUUAAUAUGAAAAGUACCUGGAUUUAUGAAAAAUGUGUUUUUAUAUUCGACGUAAUGUAAAGAUAUCAUGCGAUUUAUUUAAUUAGGAAAGGUUAAAAAAUAUCUAAUAUUUUCUCGUAUUAUCAAACGUAGUCACAAAUACUGAAAUGUUGAAUUCAUCUCAUUGAAUUUUUUAGACUGUAUGUUUCGGUGAGCACACCGCCAUGUUUUUACGGGGAUAAAUAAUAUCUAUGUUACAAUAUAACUCAAAAACUCAUCUUUAAUUUGUGGUCGUUGUGUGAGUUCGUUUAAAGUUAAUCGUUUUUCACACACCCUUGAUGAAAUUAGUUUUAAACCACUCCUAAGUUAUUACUAUUUAACCAAAGAUAUGUUUGACUGCUUCGAAAGAGAUUUAUUAAAUUUUUAACUGUAAUAUUAAACUGCGGUAUAAAUAACUAUAAGGUUAUUGUUUACUUUGGCUUAAUACACGGCAGCUGUAUCCUUAAAAAGUGAAAGUACUACGCUAAAAGAUUACCGAACUAAACUGUUUGCGCUGUAGCAUAGUGCGGGUCCCUUGCUUGACGACCAACAACAUUUUUUGUAUGCUUAGACGUGGUCAUAAAAGCAAACUCAACAUUCUUUAUCAAAUAAAGAACAAACUCCACAAAAUAUUAUAAAAAAAUAAAAAAAUAAAAAAAAAAAAAAUCAAGAAAAUAGCAAUGAAUUUCCGCACUAUGCUAAGCCAUAAAUAGUAUAGUAACGAAGUCCAAACUGACUAAAAAACAUGUGAAUUCUGUUUCAUGUCAGGCUUCAAUCAUAGUACAAAUCUAGUUGUAACUAAAGUAUAUCAUUCCCAUAUAUUAGAAUGCUUUUUGUUUCGCAUCAAAUAAUUUAAGAUGCAAUCCUCGGAAUUACUGUUUUUUAAACAUGUUUUCUGAGAUCAAUCAUGAAAUUGAAAUUCAGUGAGCAAUUGUACUUCAGUUUUUUAAGUUUAAUUAUUUUACUGAUAUAUAAACAGUAAUUAAAGCUAUAAGGUGCAUUAGAUAUAUAUAUUAUUAACUGUGUACCUGUUAAUUGAAAACCUUUUUUUUAUGUUAUGGCCUUCAUCCGUGCAAUGACGUGCACAGUAUAUUCUGCCAGUGUCAAAUUAAAAACCUUCAGUGACAAUUUCAUAUUGACGUAUUAAAUCUGUCAUAAUUAUCUUCUUUAUAUUUGACAUUGAUAAAUUGUGACAAAUACGGUAUGCAAUUUUUUAUUUUUUACAUUUAUUUAAAGUAGUACAUUUAAUUAUAUUCAAUAUUGCUUUCAGGUUGCUUUGUUUUGCAAUAUACGAUUUCUCAUUUAAAAUAAGAAUAAAAUUUAUGAUUUACGCAUUACUGUAACGUGGGACUUAAAAAGAAUGAUUGUUUAUUAGUAGUGUAAUAAUAAAAAAAAAACAAAACCUAAACCUACGUUAUUUCUUUUUUUACUAAAUCUUAAUACUGUUAGUAAUUUAAACAAAAAAAUAUAUACGUUCACGUUAACGGAACAUUCGCUUUGCUUUUUUACACAGCACUUCGUAGAGUUAAUAGUUUUGUAUACAUAAAUCUUACGUUAUUGGCAAACUAGUAACAGCUAGUAUGAAGUUUUCAAUUCUGUAACAUAAAAAUAUUGUUUUAGGUUGAUUAUAAAAUCAAAGUUUUUAAACAAGAAACGACACAACAAAAACAUGUGAAGUUUUUGAAGCCACGAUUAAUGAGACGUUUUUUAUAGUCAUCAUUUCAAUGAUAGUCUUCUCACUCUUCGGGAAAUAUUUCGGUAUGGAGUUUUUAGAAUUAGAAUUUUUAUAGAAAUGUUUGAAAAUUCAGAGAAUAUGACAAGUACUGAUACCUUACACUUAAUCCCUUCUCCGCGGCCUUCUGUAAUGGCACAUGUAAUAGAUGGACAAAAAAUUUGAGCUUUUUGACGUUUUAUUCAGAGUUUUUAUAGCAAUGUCUAUUGAAAUAUGAAUCUGGUCAAUGAAAACGUAUUUAUUGUUUUAUUUCUUUUAUACAAAUUUACUGAUUGAUGUGUUCCUUGUUAUUUUACAAUAUUUUAAAUACAAAAUAAUCAUUUUGUGUAUUAUAAAUUAGUUGUAUAAACAAACAUAUUUAAUUAUUUUAAGUAAUUUUUAAAAUAAACUCAGUUUCGUGUAGAAUUUUCUUAUUUAUCUCCCUUUAUGUAAUUAAUUAUACAAGAUAUUUUAAUUAUACGAUAAAAUACAAUUACGUUAAUAUCAAUAACAUGCGAUAGGUGAGUUCGUCGCGAUACUUAUUUCUAAGCUAAGUUAUCCUAGGUACUUAACAUGUCCAACCUUAGAUACUACGUAGAAUAUCGCGCAUAGGCCUUUCCUAAGUUAUACUAAUAAUACGUUUUAUGUAUAUCUAUUUACUAAGAAUAUUAUUUUAGUUCAGACCUAAACCGUUGUAAACAAUAUGUGUAUGAAGAAUAAGUGUCACCUUUAGUUUAUUGAUUGUAUUCAGUACAAAAUAUAACUGUAACCAAUAUUUAAUUGUUAAUAUACGUGUUCAUUAAUAAAUAUCGAUUGACAUGAGUAU